UCCUACAGCAAGUAACGAAAGCAAAAUUUAUCAUGUUUUUAGCCUUUUAGUUCAUAUUUAAAGUGUUAUGAGUGAUUUUGUUACUACACGAGGACGACGUUAGUUCUUCGAAGGGAUGUUACAGCCUUUGCACUUGCUUUUCUUUUCUUUUUUAGCAGAGCGAAAGUAAUAAUGACGACUUAAUUAGCAGGAUGGCUAGCAGAAUAAUGCAAAUCAGAGGCCAGUUCCCACGGACGAUUCUGUGGAUAUACGUCCACUUUCUUGGCAUUUGAGUGUAUUGAGGAAUAAAAACACGCAGAAGAGGUCCGCGCUUCCCUGCGGUUGUCAUGGACAACGCGAAGUCGUCACGCAGCCACAACGAGGACGACGCCGACACUACAGAGAGGAGCAAAGAAAAGAAGUUUUUUUGCAAAAUUAAGUGGUCCCGCGACGAGGACGAAAAGCUGAAAAAGCUCGUGGAGCAACAUGGCACAGAUGCCUGGAAAGUUAUCGCCAACUUUUUUCCUGGGAGGACAGAUGGUCAGUGUCAGCACCGCUGGCAGAAGGUACUCAACCCCGAGCUGGUGAAAGGGCCGUGGACAAGGGAGGAGGAUCAGAAGGUGAUCGACCUGGUGCACAAGUACGGCCCCAAACGCUGGUCAGUGAUUGCCAAGCACCUCCAGGGCCGCAUUGGCAAGCAGUGCCGCGAACGCUGGCACAAUCACCUCAAUCCGGAGGUGAAGAAAUCAUCGUGGACGCAGGAAGAGGACCGCAUCAUUUACGAGGCCCACAAGCGGCUGGGCAACCGCUGGGCCGAGAUCUCCAAAUUACUGCCUGGGAGGACGGACAACUCCAUUAAGAACCACUGGAACUCGACAAUGAGGAGAAAAGUGGAACAUGAGGGCUACCUGCAGGACACCGCCGCAAAAACGUGCGCGUCGACCCACGGAGGGGCCGGCAAGAGACGCCAGCACUCGCCGCGUCAACCUUUGACACCUCUUGAGGCACCGUGCUGCGAACAGAGCCCCCAAUCAGCCGCGGCACCACCCGACCAUAUGCUAGACUACCAUUCUGAUCCGAUAGAACGCCAGCUGAUGGACUCUUCAGGUUUUAUUUUGCCAACCUGCCCCGAUGAUCCCGACAGAGAGAAAAGAAUAAAGGAGCUCAAGAUGCUGCUUAUGUCAGCCGAGAGCGAAGUCCUGCGCAGAGUCCCAUGUAGCUCGCAGCCGUACGUGAACUGGUCGAAUGGCAGGAGCGGCCAGGAGGUGCGGGUCAAUGUGACGUCCUGGUCAGAGCCGGAGAAUCCGCAGGGAGGCCCCAGCCAGCUGAGCGCAGUCCCUGGCGUGUUUGUAGCUUUAGAGCCCAGCAUGAUGCUCACUACCCUGCAAAGCAUACGUGACUUCACGGAGUCCAUGGAGAUGUUAGACUCGGACCCCUCAGCAUGGAGCGACGUGGCCAGUGUCGACCUCGCUGAGACGGCGGCGGCUCUCUACCAUGACCAGGCCACCUUCGUCUCUCUCCUUCACGAGACGAGUGCUGCCUCUUCCAAAAUGUCCACCUCCAGGAAGCGCAAGAGAGAAUUGAGCGAACCGUCGCCUUUGCGUGAUAGGACCUACUCUUCGUUUUUGGAAAACGUUUCCAACACGCCCAAGGGAACCCCCACCAAAUUGCUACCGUUCACGCCGUCACAGUUCUAUAAUAAAUCAACCUCAGAGCAUCUGAAUUUGGACUUCCCAGCGCUCACCUCCACGCCUGUGUGCGGACAAAAGUGUCUCCUCGCCACACCCACGCACCAGAAAGAAAAUGAUGGUUCCAGAACACCCAAGUUACGCAAAAUGGUCACAAUUCCAACACCGAGGACACCGACACCCUUCAAAAAUGCUUUGGCAGCUCAGGAGAAAAUGCACGGCCCGCUAAAGAUGGAGCCGCAGCCUUUGGCCUUCCUUGAAGAAGAUAUUCGCGAAGUUCUGAAACAGGAAACCGGUGCAGACAUUUUUAACAGAACCACGGCGGUGCAGCCUGACUACAGAGCUUGGAAGGAAAAUAUGGACGGUCCAGCCAGAAAAGUACGCAAGUCUCUGGUUCUGGAACCCUGGGGGGAAGAUGGUCUCUGCGUGGAACUGUUCCAAGAUCAGCUCAAUGAUGCGCAGGUUCCUGACGAGAGUAUCAUAUCCAGUUCGACUGAGGAGGAUAAGGAGACCCCUCCUCCUCCCGUGGCGAUGGCGUCACAUCCGCCUCGCCACUGCAUGGGAAAGAAGCCCCUCAAGCCGGCCAAACAGGUGACUGACACUCAACCAUACAGCGGAAAAGAAUGGGACGCCGUCGUCUACGGCAAGACAGAGGACCAGCUGACCGUCACCGAGCAGGCCCGCCAGUACCUUGACCUGGCGCUCUCUGGCUCCGCCCCCAGGGCUCUUGUGCUCUAAUGGCAGCCAAUGAGUUUUUUAAAAGUCGUUUUUAUACUUCUUAUUGUUUAAACAGGGGUGUCAAACUCAUUUAACUCAUUUUGCUGCCAUUGACGGCAUGAGACGUUCGCCUCUCCCAGUCAAAACAGAUUGGACGUCUCGUGUUGUCAAUGCGCGGGAAUGCUAGGGCUGCCAUGAUUAAUCGACUGAGCGAUUAGCAAAUGAAUCGGCAUCCAGUGUGGUAGUCAGUAACCGAUUUAGAGACGUUAUUGACCUCGAUUUAUUACAAAUCCUAUUUUUGAGCUUAUUAAAACAAUUAAUUUUGCAUUUUUAUUUUCCCUUUAA